UAAUAAGAAGAAUAUAAGGAAUAUCUGUAUCUGCAUAAACAAGAAUGGUAAAACACUCUUUCGUAUUGAUACUAUGGUAGAAAGACCCACAAUGCACAAACUAGAUUUAGUUUGUGCAUUGUCAGUUUUUUGUACCUUCAUAAAUAUUAUGACUCAUUGUGUCCAGUCACAAAGGAAAGAUUCAAAGAACCCAGCAUGUCCAUACAACGUGUAUUAGGCUCAAAUGUGCGAGGCACAAAAGAGUAAGACGUCGUCCGGUCUUGCUUGUCUCUCUCUUUAUUAUUAUGCUAAUACAAUAUAAUGCUAAUGUAACUGAAACUGUCAGCUGACGUAGGCUAACGACAUACAUAUGAAAUAAGGGAUAUGCGCAUGCAACAUAUAGUGAUUGAGUAACAUGAUAUGGUUUAGAUAACAACACAACUGGCAUCAUGUUGUCUGUCUCUGAACAUUACAUGUUUUCUAAGGGGUCACAUAUAUCAUAAUACACACCUCCCCUCUCCUUUACGCUCGUAGUGCAAUCUCGAGCGGACAAUGGAUUCUUUUCUGCGAGUCAGGUGAACAACAGGGGAUAAUGAUAGGAGGGCUAAAUGAUGACCUUCUUUUCUAGUCUGAGCAAGGGGACACAGGGGGUUUGGGGAAGGGUCUUCACUCAUGACUGGCAUAGACACUGGGCGGAGGUUUUGCCACAAUACCUCAUAUUGCAGCGACCUACCGCAGUCCAUCACGACACCAACCUUAUCCCAAUAGAGUGACACAGGAACUUAAAUCUUUCCUGCAGGAUUGAUGCCAGGCCAGAAGACAGUCUGGUUCUGCCAUGUGUGGCUUCGAUUUCAUGGUGGCUAUUGUGCAAGCAGGCCAAGGUGCGAUGUCCAAAGGCAACAGGAACAACAAUUCGAGGGCUGUAUAACACUAGCUCUCCGUCUGCACACAGGUCCCACUUUCCCCAUGAAAAUCCUGUUGGCCAUUCUCCUAACUGCGGCAGUAAUAUCCGUGAUCCUCAUGUCGCAGUCAACCAUCAAGUUGUACAGAAAACUCACCCAACCCGGGCCAGCGAGACUCUUCCAGCCCUCCCCAGAGACAAACACAGUGAAAAAUCCAACCUUCAUGGAAAGCUGUUAUACCUACGAGAACUUUACCGCCAGUAACACCUGUUGCAAGUUGAAGAAGUACAGUGGAAGUGACAUACUUGAAUGCUCCAGAAAAUUAUUUGCUGAGCAGAUAUUACGCAACCGACAAGCCGCCAACAGCUCUGUCAACGACCUUGGAAGAGUACAUAUCGCCCUUGUGGGAGACUCUCACAUGAGGGACCUAUUCGUCGCGAUGGCCCAGCGCAUGGAGGGGGAGGAACUCCUGUACACGUUCGAUUCGCAAAAUGUCACGUGGCGAAGUGUAGGAUCUCUGUUCUACCAGAUCAGAGCGAGGAACAGAAUUUUUGAUUCAAUGAGGGUACGACACCUAAGUUUUCCCUUGCAAGUGUCCUGGUAUAAGGACGUGGAACUCAAGGGAUUCGUCAGAUUGAUUGAGAAGUGGGAGACAGGUGAAGAGCCGAAGCCUGUAUUCGUUAUCACAGGCUUUGGCCUUCACUGGAUGAAGAACCAUCCCAAGCCUAUAGGAGUUCACUACAAGAAUUUCUUCAGUAAACUGGUUCCUCAUCUCUCCCGCCUCGCUACAACUGUUCCUGUUUACUUCAAACUUGUUGAUUAUGUUCUUAGAGCAUACUUCGAGAAGCGAUUGUAUCCCGGGAUAAACUUAGAGGCCAUCCCAGCAUACAACAUUAUCGCACGGGAGCAAUUGCGAGGGUCGAGCGUGACCCUGUGGGAUUCCACAGUACCUCUCUCGAUUGCAUACGUCAACGAGUGCUUGAGAGAGCAGAGGAUCACGCCUGUAGUAUUUACCUGGAAAUGCCACGACGACUGCCACAUCGGAUACGUGAUGUUGGAACAGUAUGCAGACAUGGUAUACAAUGCUGCUUGUAAUAGAUUACUAGGUCUAGGUGAUGAAUACUGCAAUGUUAAUGGGUGAAGUGUGAUUCAUAUAAAAAAUAUAUAUUGUAAAUAAAUAUAUAUAUGUGUA